UGCAACACUGUGAUAUUUAACCAAACAAGUCUAAUUCAUUAGUCAUGAAAAAGUGCAAACUCAUGCUUUCCUAGCAUUACACUUCACUGUAAAUAACGAUCCUAUAAAUUCUUUAAAAACGCCCGACACGUAGACCCCUGUGGUUGCUGCACCCUAUUCAAGCAGCAGAAGGCACUGUGUUUCAAGCUCAGCAAAUGACCGUUCCGUAAAUUAAAACGCCCGGAAACCCGACACACAGAUAAAUUAAAACAAUUUGUUACUCCUCUGCGAGCACUGACGGUGAUGCCAUGUGUUUUUGGUUUCAUGUGGUAGCGAUUAGUUCAGGAGCAAGUUAGUCUGAGUGCAGAACAACAUGAAGCUGCUGGCGUUAACCUCCCGACACUUUCAGCUACCGUGGCCACAGCCAAGAAAGGGGUCGGCCGCCGUAAGCAGUAGCUACCACGGCAGCUUUCAUCAGGCUAUUGCUCCAGUACUGUUCAUAGGGCAAUGUAUUGCGCUGAUGCCGGUCGUGGAAAUCUUCAACCACAACUUCCGGCGGGCUCGGUUCAAGCCGUUGAGUGCGAGAUUUUUGUACUCGAUGCUUUACCUCGCGAUUGCGGGUGUUUACGGGGUGUGCACGUGUCGAUGGUGUUUUGUUAAAGGCUUGGACGUGACCUUGUUUGGAGAUUCGGUCUUCAUUGUGGUAGUGUACAUGACGGCCGUUUUGUUUCUGCUGAUUGCUCCACAGUGGCACACCGUGCUAAAGAUGUUCAACGAGUGUGAGAAGGUCAUGCUUCGAGACGCGUACCGGAAGGUAACCGAACGUUACACACGAUUCAACCUGGCUUGGCAGAUCAGGUUGAUCGCAUUUGGGAUCAUGCUUCUAGCAGUUAUCGAGGAUUCCUUGAGCUUCAACUCUGCCUACCAGGGAAAUGUCGUGAAUCUUCAGUUCUGCAACCAUUCGAACGUCACUUUCUGGGAGAAUUUUUACAUUCGUGAACAUCCCCAAGUAUUGCGAAACAUUCCCGUCAAUUUUGGGUCAGUUCUGAUCAUCGAGUGGCUCAACAAGUGCAUGCGGCUCACCUGGACCUACCUGGACGUGUUCAUCAUCUCGUUCAGCUUGGCGGCCCAGUUUCGGUACAAUCAGAUCUACUACCGGCUGAUAUCGCUACCAAGUGUCGCCUCGCUACCGUCGACCUUUUGGCGCAACAUUCGCACCGACUACCUGGCCGUGUCGCAGCUGGUCGCCUUCCUGGACGACAAGUUUGGCCACCUGAUUCUGCUGGCUUGCGCGAAUGAUAUGUUCUUCAUAGCGACGCAGCUGUUUCAAGGAUUUCAACGGCGUCCCGCUUUUGCAACGAUGAUCUACUACUGGUACUCGUUGAGUCUGCUGAUAUUCCGGACGCUGUGCAUGCUCUACGUGGGAUCCGGCAUCCACGUGGCCUCAAUGAGUCCGUUGACUAUACUGCGGAAUGUGCCCUCGAAGAAUUGGGGGCUUGAUGUAGGGAAAGCUAAUUUAUAUCCAAAGCUGUGUUUUAGCAAAGGACGUCUACGGUAUCAACUUCCGGUGGCGGAGUCUAAGGACGCUGUACUCGUUGUUCUUUGUUGUUUUGGCUUUUAUCGCUCUCUGUGCGCAGAUCAACUUGACGGCGCUUUUUACGGUGACUACCGGGCAAGUCGGAAAUGGCGUUCUAUGAUGAUCAGGUGGAAGUCUCAAGAGGAUGUGUAUCUGAGACCUCCGUAUAGAGUGUACGGACGUAGCUUAAAGUUCAAAAUUAGACUUAUCGGAUUUUCGGUGAUAAUACUCGCUAUUAUCGAAGAUUCGCUACACGUAGCGUCAUCAAUCAAGAUUCAUCACAAAUAUAUCAACUUUUGCAAUGUAACCGGCACAUUUUGGGAACUAUACUACAAUCGAGAACAUCCACAAGUGUUCAAAUACGUCAGCUAUAAUCUGCCCACUGUGCUGUUGGUUGAAUUCACCCACAAAGUGUACCUGUUCAUUUGGACCUUCAUGGAUCUCUUCAUUACGCUGAUCAGCAUCGGACUGCUGACCCGAUUCGAACAGUUUUACCAACGAAUCGAGCACCUCAAAGGAAAAUCAAAGCCGGAAGUAUUUUGGGCAGAAGUGCGCGGAGAUUAUACCAAGAUAUCCAGUUUGGUAACGUACUUGGACGAGAUUCUUUCGCCAAUGAUUUUGAUCACGUGUGCUUCGGACGUGUUCUUCAUCACGUUUCAGCUGUACAUGGCAGUGCGUAUGAAAACAACGUCAAUCACCACAAUCUACUAUCGCUUUUCGCUGAUUUUCCUCAUAUUCAGAGCCCUGUUGAUGCUGCUCACCUCGUCCCACGUGUACGUGGCAUCACGGAAACCGCUGGAGAUCCUCCGAGCUGUUCCCAUGAGCUCGUGGACUACUAGCGUACAAAGAUUCAUCAACGAAAUACUAACGAUUGAUAACGCACUUUCUGGGCAUCGAUUCUUUUACCUCAAGAGGAGUGUCAUUCUAGCGAUGGCAGGAACGUUGAUAACAUACGAGCUGGUGAUGCUUAGCGAAGAGAAACCUCUAGACAGUUCAAACAUUUGUGGAUAGAUGUUUUAAUUAUUUAGGGAACUAUACUUUCUUAAUAAAUAUCGAUUGCUGCAAUAAAUUUCUACCAAAUUAUGCCUAAA